AACAUUCUUCAGGUCACAGGUGGUUUCGGUUUUGGCUUUUGGUUGAUUUCUUGCACAUUGCUCCGAUAUUUAUUUCGUUUUAUAUUUUGUAAAAAAUAAAUAAAACUACAUAAACAUGAAAUUAAUUCCAUUAGUAAUCUUCAUAAGUAGCCUCCUAAUUGGCACAACAUAUUCUGUUGAAAUUGAAGCUGUAGAUGAUUCCGACCUUGUGCACUUGAUUACCGGCGAAGACAACGUCAUCGCCUUAUUCACCAAAUCCAAUUGUGAAUCUUGCGAUGAGCUCGAAACCAUUUUGGAAAACAUUCAAGAUGAUCUCAAAGAUCAUCUCUCCGCUAUCAUUGUCAAAUCAAUGAAUAGUCAUAUGGUGGGAAUCUAUAAUCCUAGCAAGGAACCGGCUCUAGUUUAUUUCCGUCGUGGUUUGCCACUACUUUAUCAUGGCCCAAUCACAGAAGACGAUAUAAUGCAUACGUUCGGCGAGAAUCGUGAUCCUGUGGUCAAGGAGUUGUCUGAUAAUAACUUUGAACAUCUUACACAAGCAGCAACAGGUGCCACAACUGGGGACUGGUUUGUCUUUUUCUAUUCAAAUGAUUGUGUUAUUUGUCAGCGAUUGUAUGCUGUCUGGGAAGCUGUUGGAGCAGCACUUAAACGUCGUUUAACUGUAGCUCGUAUAAACAGAUCAGAAUAUGGAAUUGCCACUGCCAAGAGAUUCAAUGUAAGGGAAUCUCCUGAAUUCUUAUACAUUCGUCAAGGUAAAUACUAUCGUUAUCGAUUGAAGGAUUACACUCCAAAGAGCUUUAUUGAGUUUGCUCAAAAUAUCCAUCUGCAAAAGACAAAACCAGAAGCUGUUCCUCCACUAUCAAGUCCAAUGAAUGAUUUCCUAAAUGAUAACGUGAAGACUAUUUUGGAUCAUCCUCAGCUUUAUUCAUAUGGAAUAGUUGGUAUUGCAGUUGCAGGUUUAACUGCACUUUUGUGCAAGUUUUUAUGCUCAAAAAAGGCAACCAAAAACGCCGAAAAGAAAAAAGCUAAAUAAUUUAUCUCAAAUAAUUUUUCUUUUGUUUAAUUUAAAUAAACCGUCCCUUAUCAUUCCAAAUAUCAAAAACAUAUGUGUAAGGAACUUAACUUUCCUAAAUUUAUAUUUUUUAAGCUUAAAAUUUCUAAUUUCGUGAUAUUUUUUUUUAUAAAUAUGUACUUGUGCAACAUUUUUGUCAAUAAAAUUUUUCUAUAUUUCUUAUAAAA